CAUACUUAUACCCAUUUCUUUGCUUAAUUUAAUUUCACUAUUUAUCACUUUAUGCUACAUUUACCAUCAGUUAUUUGUAUUAGAGUUCUUGAUAUAACUAACUGUUUUUCAGCAACCCAUUUUAAUAGCUUUUGAGUUUAUGAUGCUUCUUUGAAUGGUUUUGUAUUUGGAAUUGUUCUUGUUUUUAUUUUUUGAUUAGGCUUUUCAUUUCAGAACUUUUAUUACAGAAAAUUUGUCUGUAUUUCACUAGUUUCUUUUACUGAGUGUUGUUUUGUAUCUAAGACAGCAUUGUAGAGUGGGAGUGCAAGUUUCUGAGGUUGCUUAUUUUUUCUGCAUUUUUUUGGCUGACUUUCAGUGAUUUCUCAAUCUUCUGUUUGUUGUAAGUGCAGUUGCUAAAAAUAGAUUACUCUGUUCACCAACCAGAAUGUGUUGUUGUAUGGCAAGUUUGUCUCUGACUUUAUUUUGGGACAUUAGUGCUAUUGAGGGGGGAUGUAGAAACUCUUAUUGAACCACACACACCUUGUUCUAUGUUUUCUUCUCUUGGCGUUCGCCUUUUCUUGUUGUUUAAUUAUCGGUUUCAUCUUUCAUAUGCUGGGAUGUUAAUUGUAUGCCAUGUACAUACCGAAGCUGCCGAAGCUGCUAAAUGUUCAUUGGAUCUUUUUGUACAUUUUAGAUAGAUAAAGUUUUAGGUACUUUACGAGACAAUGAAGCUGCUAGAUGUUUGACUUUCUAGGUGCUAUCAAUCUUGUAGGUCAUGUAUAGAGGUGACCAACCAUCAUGGCACAAAGUUAAAAAUUGAGAUAGCAUGCUUCUGGAGUAUUCAUGACCUCGUUGCUAUACCUAUUUACAAAUUUUGAGGGUUUUAAAUAUGAUCAUUUUUCUACUUCAUCUAAUACUCAAUUGUUUGGAGAAACAUUUUAUGGAAAUGUUCAUGUGCUCAAAGCUUCAAACCAUAAUAUGUGUUCUCUACUUUUGACUGGUUUCAUUUUUAUGCUUCUAGUUCUCAUAUUUGCCCUUUCUUUCUGCAGAAUUCUAUGGCAAAAGAAAUUCAUGCUAAUAUUUCUACUUCCAAUGUUGAAUUUUCAUUCGUCCCACCUCUCAGUCAUAGUUAGCUCCUGAGUUGAAGUUGCGGGACAAAAAUUAAACAGCACCCCAAAUAUGGAACAAUCUUCACAACCAUCUCAACCUGUGAUGGGAGUGGCGACGGACGCUGCCCAUGUUGCCUACGCCACCCCGACCUACCAACCUGCUGCGGUGGUGACUGGAGCUCCGGCGGUGAUUGGAACCUUAGCCCCUGCCUCCCAGCCCCACACAUCUUACCCUCCUAACCCUAACGCUAGCCAGCAUCAGCUCGCCUACCAACAAGUUCAGCAGUUCCACCACCAGCAACAGCAGCAGCAGCAGCAACAACUGCAAACCUUCUGGGCGAAUCAAAUGCUAGAGAUCGAGCAAACCACUGAUUUCAAGAACCACAGUCUUCCUCUCGCACGGAUCAAGAAGAUCAUGAAGGCUGAUGAGGACGUCCGCAUGAUCUCCGCUGAGGCACCUGUGAUCUUCGCCAAGGCGUGCGAGAUGUUCAUUUUGGAACUAACCCUAAGAUCGUGGAUCCAUACUGAGGAGAACAAGAGGCGCACGUUGCAGAAGAACGAUAUUGCGGCGGCGAUCACGAGGACUGACAUAUUUGAUUUCUUGGUGGAUAUAGUUCCGAGGGAUGAGCUGAAGGAUGAGGGGUUAGGGAUCCCAAGGGGUGCUGCCCUGGGGGCCAUUGGGGCAGGUGGUGCUCCGACUGAGUCGAUCCCUUAUUACUACGUCCCAGCACCACCAGUGGCGGCGCCAGGGAUGAUUGUUGGGGGGGCAGUGGAUCCGGCGGCAGCGGCGGCGGCAAUGUAUGUGUCGCAGCAGCCACGCCCAGUGGCUUUUGUGUGGCAGCAACCGCAGACGCAGCAGCAGCAACAGCAACAGCAGCAGCAAAUGAAUGAUAGCACGCAAGACGGAUGAGAGGAUAGAUAGUAGGAGCGACUGCGUACGGUGGAUUAGUUUGUGUAACAGCUUUACUGUGUUUGAAUUGUACAAGCAGUUCCGUUGGUUUGUGAUAGCUCAGUAGUCUGACUUUGACCUCGUGGCAGUUGACUUAAAGGCUAGACGGCGCAGCUGUGUAAAGAGGUGCUUAAUGAUAGAGUAGAUGAAACUUUACUUACUCUUUUCUUCCCCUUUUAGAAAUCAGGUAUCUUGAGACACAUUUCACAUUUGUGAGACAUAGAUGUCGAUGUCUGGAGAAAACUACUGUUGAUUAACCAUGUGAGUUGGGGUGCUUGAGCACUCUCAUAUAUUUAUGUGUUUCUUCUUAGUUGUUUCUUA